AUGGCCGUUCACCCAGCCACCACGCCGGCCCUCGCCCCGCGCGCCCGCCUCGCCCCGCCCAGACCUUCUACCUCCCUGGCCGCCGCCUCGUCCUCCUCCGGCUCUCGCAUCGUCAGUUUCGAGACCAGGAGGCUGCCCCUUGGCUCGCUCCGCAGUGUCUCCGCCGCCGCCGCUGCCGACGCCGUCGAAGCAGAGGACGAAGAGGUGCAACUAGGUGGAGGCGGGGAUGCGUUUUACGAGGAGGAACCUGAGGAGUAUAAGGUGGCGGUGCCCGAGAGACAGGACCCGAUGCUGGUACUCAAGUUCAUCUGGAUGGAGAAGAACAUUGGCAUAGCACUUGACCAGCUGGUUCCAGGCUAUGGCAGCAUUCCGUUAAGCCCGUACUACUUUUGGCCACGGAAAGACGCGUGGGAGGAGUUGAGAGCAAAGCUGGAAGAGAAAGAGUGGAUCUCGCAGAAGCAGAUGAUCAUCCUUCUCAACCAGGCCACCGACAUAAUCAACCUCUGGCAGCAGGGUGGCGGGAGCCUGUCAACAUGA